UAAGUAAAUCUUCAAGUAAUCACUGCUCUCAGUACAAGACAUGUUGAACGAAAAACUUAACACACGUAAUGUUAAUUUUUAUCUUUUUAUAACCAAGCGAUGUACGAGACGUAAAACCCCCUACCGGUACAUUUUGAACUUGACACUGAAAUAUCGCUUUCCUAUACUUAGUUAUUACAAAUUCAUCAAGAGUCAAAUUACAAAAUAUGACAUCAGACAACAUCAACGUUCAUGACAGAACAGCCUAUACAGCAAUUUCUGCAAGACAUCAUUCACAAUAUGGUAAUAUAGAAAAUGCCAAUCAUGGUUCGAAACCACCACGGUUAUUAUUCUCCAAACGAUGCAACGUAACUGCAUUAUUAUUCGUAGGAUACGUACUGCUGACAAUAGGAGCACGAAUGCAGGGUAUCGUCAUAAUCGAUAUGACAUAUUUAUCCGGCAAUAAUACCACUGUUGAUGUUGCACGCUACGAUUGGGACUCACCAACCAUAAGCUUGGUUUUAAACAUGUUCUGGUACGGUUUCCUAUUCUCACCCUUCAGCGGACACAUUUCACAGAAAUUCGGAGCAAGUGUAACUUUGGGAGGAUCGAUGUUGCUAUGUGGGGUAUUACUCUUCGUCAAUCCAUUCGGAUUACAAGUACACUUCUAUCUGUUCCUUUUGAUUCGAGGACUAAUUGGCUUCCUCCUGGGUAUAACAAUGUCGUCCAUCACUGGAGUCAUCGCUAACUGGAUACCGAAAGCUGAACGAGCCAAGCUCAUGGGAUUCAUUGUCAAUGGAAUACAUUUAGGUAACGUUUUAGCGUUCGCCUUCUGUGGGUUUCUCACGCAGCAUUUCGGUUGGCCAAUGUCAUUUUAUGGCACAGGUGCUAUAUCGGUAAUCUGGGCAAUCAUAUUUUUAAUCUUCGUCACAAACGAUCCUUCCCAAGACAAAUGGAUCUCGCAGAAAGAACUCGCUUAUUUGCAAAGCACCAUUGCGAGAGCUCCCAACAAAAACAACCGCUCUCCGUACAAGGCUAUUUUUUUGUCACCUCCAUUUUGGGCUCUAUUUUUAUGUAAAUUCGCCUACGCUUGGACCAAUGUUUUGGUGGUGAGCUAUUGUCCAUUAUAUAUCAAUGACGUAAUCAGAGCAGAUAUAAACUUAGUUGGCUACAUUGCAUCUAUUCCAAGUUUUGCUAUCAUAUUUAUUUUACCAGUUACCGGAAUAUUAAUGGACCAUUGUCAAAAACGCACAAAAAUUGAAGAUACCAAGGCUUAUAAAAUAAUAAUUUGCAACGGUUUCGUUAUGUCUUCGGCUUUAUAUAUUUUGGUUGCUUAUGUCGAUAAUUUUAUCGUAUCCAUUGUUUGUUUUGUACUCAUCAACGUGAUAAUUUCGUACAACAGGGUCAUUUACGAAGUUUUGACAGUCAAUAUCGCCCCCAAUCACUCCAGUUUGAUCUCAGGGUUGACCUUAUUCGGUCAAACGAUCGGUAUCAUCGUAGCUCAGUCAACUAUUGGGUACAUAGUUCAAAACCAUAAAGCUUCAGAAUGGGAUAAAUGUUUUUGCUGCGCUGCUGCUGUGUUGACACUCACAGCUGUGAUAUUUGGCUUGUUCGGUUCGAGUAAACCACAACCAUGGUCGGUCUCUCCUCCAGCUCAAAUCGUACAGUAUCAAACGUCGUCUAAACCUCAAUAUUUAAAAUAAUUGUUACUUAUUGAUGCGUUAUUUUCUUACUUUAAUG